GGGCCUGCGCUCCGGGCCGCACACCGUCCUCACUGCGGCGCGUGGGGAAGUCGCCGCCGGCGGGGUCGCCUAGAGGGAGAGGAAGACUAGGGAGUCGCGGGGCCCCGCGCGGGUCGCCCCCCCCAUCCAGGUGUCCCUCCUGAGCGCUUUCGUAGCACCUGUUGUCCUGGACAAAGCAGCAGUGCAGUGAUUGUCUACUUAUCGUCUACUCAUCCCGGCUUCACAUCCCGAAAACCCAGUAGGUCUUGGUACAGAAUGAAAAGAGAUGUUGAGGAAGAAGUGAAGCCCUCCUCUCCUGACCUGGAUGUUGAUAAUGGGUGUCGGGAAGUCUAAAAUAGACCCCUGCCCUCUCUCUCUGCCCUGGGGUAAAAGUCCCAGUGUGGAUAUGAGUCAGAGACCUCAUGAGGCAGAUUCCAAGAAAUCCGACGACAUCUCCCUGCAUGACAUUGCCGAGCAUAGCCACGGUGCCCUGACGCCCUCUGGAGAGCGGGAGGGCACUGAGGCCACAGAAGAGGUGCCCGAAGAGGAUGAAGAGGAGGUGUUCCUCAAGUUUGUGAUACUGCACGCAGAAGAUGACACAGACGAGGCCCUCAGAGUCCAGAAUCUGCUACAAAAUGACUUCGGCAUCAAACCCGGAAUAAUCUUCGCCGAGAUGCCGUGCGGCAGACAGCACCUGCAGAACUUAGACGACGCCGUAAACGGGUCUGCCUGGACCAUCUUACUGUUGACCGAAAACUUUUUAAGAGACACCUGGUGUAAAUUCCAGUUCUACACGUCCCUCAUGAACUCCGUGAACAGGCAGCACAAGUACAACUCCGUCAUACCCCUGCGGCCCCUGAAUAAUCCCCUGCCCCGAGAAAGGACUCCCUUUGCUCUGCGAACCAUCAAUGCCCUAGAGGAAGAAAGCCGUGGCUUUCCUACACAAGUGGAAAGGAUUUUCCAGGAGUCUGUGUAUAAGAUACAACAAUCUAUAUGGAAAGAGACCAGAACUACCCUGCAGAGGCAAUCGAUCGCCUGAGAUGGAGCUCCCCACCCACGGCUGGCUCUUGUUUUCUAGAGCAAAUGACUCGCCUUCCCUUGAGAAAGCACAUUCCUGGGAAGAAUUUAAAUAAAAGAGAACCUGGCUCUUCCAGAAACCUAGGAGCACCAAGAAAGCCAAGUUUCUGCGGGACCCUGUGCAGACUUGAGGUCCUUUGCGAUGUUGUUUUGAUAAACCAGAGAUCGUCAGAGUUUUAAGAACAUUCCCAUCGCGUUUCUCCUAGUUCAUGAACAUCACAGAGGAUUAUCCUUAAUUCACAUUCCUUGCAGCAACCCUUGAACCCAAACUUACAGGGUAGACACUGUAAAAAUACGGUAACGCCUGCAUUUUGUUCUCCAAGGACACGCAGAAGAAGACGUCCCCGGGCGAUGUGAGCACCCUCACUCUUGAGGUACCUCUCAGAAAUGUUGCAGCCCAGCCUUACUGGUAUCGCCGCCCAGAAGGAUAGAGAGCCCCUCGAGAACAUUUAGAAUGUUGAGUCGUGAUAAAUAGGAAAUUAAAAGCAGAUAUGAGAACGGUGGGCUUUUUAAAAGAAUCCAAUCGAAUGUAUUUUUUCUUUCUGCUGGAAUUUGUGUAUUUGGACACAGUGCCUACCACUGACUAGUAACGCCAUUCGAUGGCAUCCUGGUUGGGGACUCCAGGGAGCCGUGUCUCCAUGUCCCCUGGAGUGUCCUCUGCCAGAUGUUCUCCUUAAUCUCUCUUAAGGCAGCCUUUAAAAAUUCCUGUUGGGGAGCCUGGGUGGCUCAGUCGGUUGAACGUCCGACUUCGGCUCAGGUCAUGAUCUCAUGGUUUGUGGGUUGAGCCCCGUGUGCUGACAGCACAGAGCCUACUUCGGAUACGCUGUCUGUCUGUCUGUCUCUCUCUGCCCUUCCGCUGCUCAUGCUGUCUCUCUCUCAAAAAUAAAUAAACAUUAAAAAUAAUUAAAAAAGAAAUUCCUAUCACAGUGCUCUACCCAGGAAGUAUUUCUCAGCUGGUGUUCAGAUUAGCCAUCUGAACAAGAGCCAUCGGGUACAGACUGGGGACAGGGUGGAGUGUGAAUCACGUCAUGUCGUAACGGGGAAGGCACCCCACCUGAUUCUAGUCCAGUCUCUGCCACUGAGGCCGAAUGUGACCUUACCCUCCUUUAUCUGUGAAAUGAAAGCGUUGAAUUGAUGGCUCUCUAAAGGCCUUUGUCCUCUCCCAGAAUGUGAACAACUAGGAACCAGAAAAGCGAACAAGCAAAAAAACUCAAAAAACAAAAAACCAACAACACAAUUUUGUAAUGCGAUGUGCAAUAAUUUGCAGGAGGCUUUAGAUACACUUACAGUGAAAGGCUAUUCUGAUGUGUUGACAGCAUAAUUGAUUUCUAAUGCUAUCUGUUAACACUUUUAUGGUCACCAAAGAAUGACAAUCCACGCUUGCUCAGAUUCUUUUAAAAUACAUUUUUUAUGGGGACCGUUGAGCAAAGACAUUCUGCUCGAUUUUUCUUUCUCCUUAUCCUCACUUCCCUGUAUCUCUUAUGAGUACAAGGGGUCUGCCCACAUCUUUCUGUUUCCACCUCUUCGUAGCCAUGACUGAAUGUUCCAUGAGGAGCUUUUCCCAUAAUCCUGCAAGGAAGUCAAACCUGCUUUGCUAGUACUUAUUGAAGAAGAGAUUGUCUUCAUUGCAUGGUGCUGUUUUCUUUACUUGAGGCCCCUUUCUUUCAUAGUAGCUUGCUUACUCACUUUUUCAGUUUAAUAAUAAAUAUAUAUAUAUAUAUAUAUAUAUAUAUGGAUUUUUAACCAUGCAGCCUCGUGUAUCACCAAUUCCAUCCACUAAAAAAACCAUUAACCACCCACCCUUCAUGCUUAUUACCAAAGUUGGAGCUCCUGAUGCUGGAUGGCGUUUUUUAAAUAAAUGCUUUUAUUUUUUA